AUGGCCGACACCACUGAACACACCGACACGGCAAACUCCACGACCGACGUGGCCACGGCCGUGGACGAAAAGGGUGUCCGCACACCCAUCCACAGCGACCACAACAGUGAUCCUGGCGUGGCCGAAAAGACAGUCGACGUCGAGGCUGCUGCUGCUGCUGCUUCUGCUGCUGCCUCAACCUCCCCCACCGACAACACCGCGUACCCGUCCGGCUUCAAGCUGGUCGUGCUCCUCAGCGCCGUCAUGGUCGACGUCUUUCUGGUGGCCCUCGACCAGACGAUUGUGGGCACGGCCAUCCCCAAGAUCACCGACGAGUUCCACGGCCUCAGCGAUGUGUCGUGGUACGCGGCGGCCUACUUUAUGACCUUUGGCGCGGCCCAGGCGUCGGCCGGCAAGGUCUACAAGUACUACAACCUCAAGUGGAGCUUUCUGGCCUCGAUGCUGCUGUUCGAGGCCGGCAGCCUCGUGUGCGGCGUGGCGCCCAGCUCCAAGGCGCUGGUCGUGGGCCGCGCGCUGGCCGGCCUGGGCGGCGCCGGCCUGUCGGUGGGCGGCACGAGCAUCGUGGCGCUGGCGGUGCCGCCCGUGCAGCGGCCGCUGAUGAUGGGUGUCGUGGGGGCGACGUAUGCGGUGGCGGCGGUGCUGGGCCCUCUGGUGGGCGGCGCCUUCACCGCCAGCGUCUCGUGGCGGUGGUGCUUCUACCUGAACCUGCCGCUGGGCGGCGCGGCGGCCGUGGCCGUGCUGGUCUUCUUGGACGCGUCGUCGCAGCCGCCCGACGCCGCACGGGCGGCCACCACCUGGCGGCAGAAGCUGCUGCACCUCGACCCCGUGGGCAUCGCGCUAGCCAUGGGUGCCAUCACGUCGCUGAUUCUGGCGCUGCAGUACGGCGGCAACACGCACCCGUGGCGCAGCAGCGUCGUCGUCGGCCUGCUCGUGGGCUUCGUGCUGCUGGUGGCCGCGCUGGUCGCGUGGGAGGCCUGGCUCGGCGACUACGCCAUGCUGCUGCCGCGGCUGUUCCGGCAGCGCUCGCUCUGGGCCACGGCGCCGUUCCAGUUUUUCUUCAUGGGCGCCUACGUGGUCCUGCUCUACUACCUGCCGCUCUACUUCCAGAGCAUCCGCGGCGCCAGCCCCAUCCGCUCGGGCGUCGACAACCUGCCGCUCGUCGUCACCGCCACCGUCUUUGCCGUCGUCGGCGGCGCCGUCGUCACGCAGACGGGCCGCGCCCAGCAGGUCAUGCUGACCGGCGCCGCGCUCGCGACCGUCGGCAUCGGCCUCAUCUACUCGUGGGACCAGACCACGUCCACGGCCCGCUGGGUCGGCUACCAGCUCUUCACCGGCGCCGCCAUGGCCUUCGCCAUCAUGCACGGCCUCAGCAUCGCCCAGGCCUACGUCGCCGCCGACGACAUCCCCGCCGUCACCGCCAACCUGCUCGUCUUCCAGACCGUCGGCGGCGCCUUUAGCACCUCCAUCGGCCAGGCCGCGUUCGUCAACCGCCUGCUCGCCGUGCUGCCGUCCACCGCGCCCCGCGUCGACCCCCGCCUCGUCAUCGUGACCGGCGCCUCCGAGCUGCGCAACGUGUUUGCUGCUGACGUGCUGCCCGGCGUCCUGGACGCUUACAUGGCCGCGCUCAAAGCCGCCUUUGCCGUCGGCAUCGGCUUCUGUGGCGUGGCCGUGCUGUGUUCGCUGGCCAUUCCCACGAAGCGGCUCCCCAAGGCGGCCGGGGAUGCAGCAAUGGCGGCCGUGGCGUAG